UAAAGAAAAAGCUACUUUGGGGGUGAGAGUGGGCAUGAGGGGUUAGAGAAUGAAUCGUAGUAAAUUGUAAAACGCAUCCAGAUACAGCUCCUGCGACAGCAUUCAUUCCACCGUUUACCUAUGCCUUGCACUGCUCUAGGAGCGAGCAUGUGAGGCCAGUGCCUAACGCCGGUGGCUUCGAGGCUCGCGACCGAGCGAGAGGCUUUUCAGAGGCCAGACUAGAGGCAGAGCUCGGGUACCCACUCCCCGAGGGCCCGCGGCGCCUCUCUUGCUGGGGUCCCGAAGUCCACCCACACCUCCCGGCAUGGAGGCAGUGUCCUCCGCCAGUUCCCAGUCCUGACCUUUGCACACCCAUUUUCCACCCCACCACUCCCUCCUCAAAGCGAAGAGGUGGGCACCUGGGACGCGCGUCCUGCUUUUCCUGCCCGGGCUCUCCUGUCUCCUCCACUUUUGUCCCCGACGUCCCAGAACAGCGGAGCAGAACGCGAUAUCGGCCCUGGGGGGGCGCGGCGAGGAUGCUAAAUUGACCGCAAUGGCCAGGAUUCAGACCCCGGCUCAAAUCCCUGACAAUUAUAAUCCCUUCCUUCUGUCCCCCUUGUCUCCUGCCCGGCUCUGCCCUGCUCAGCCCUGCUCCUCCCAAGCUCAGACGCCGGGGCUCGGCGAUCCUUUGCUUGCCACUUCGCGAGGAACUUUGGCCGGCUCCCCUGCGCCACCCGGAGAGGGAUGUUAAUGAGCUAGCGAGGCCCCGCGCCGCGAGCCAGCAGGCUCCCGAGCCGCGAUUGGCUGCGCCGAGGCGGAAGGAUGACGUUAUGCAAAUGAAGGGGCGGGCCCGUGAGGCGCGGGCCCCGCCUCCUCCCUUUGGGGUUAGUGUGCCUGUGUUUAGCUCUGGGGAGAGUCAAACUGGAUUCCAUAGGGAAAGCCUGCAAAUCACUUCUAUUUUAGCAAGGAGAAAACAGAGUCUCCGUCCAGCGGGGUCCACCCCUCUCUCUUCCUCCCUCUCCUCUCUCUCUCUGCCUCCCCCUCCUCCCCCCUUCCUUUCUCCCUCUCUUCCCCUGCCCCCCACCCCGCUCUCCCUCUCUGGUGUAUCUGUCUACGGCGACCAGCGUCCUCCUCAUCUAUACGCACUGAAAGGAAAGAAACAGCUUUGGUUGGGAGAGAAGGAGGAAAAAGAGAGAGGAAAAAACUUGCCUGGUUGUGGAAAAUGACACUUGAAGUAGCAAAGCCGGCAGCGCGAGUUGAGUCUAUUGUUUCUUAAUUUGCCAUCAGGGCUUUCUUUUUUUUUUUUCUUCCUGCUUCUUCAAGUGAAGGGUACCUCUACAAAAGGAAACUCCAGCCCCUCCUGUCCUCCACCGGCCUGUGAGCAUUACAAAAAAAAAAAAAAAAAAAAAAAAAAAAAGCACCCAAACCAAAAAUUAACCAACCAAACAACCCCCAACAGCCAAGCAUACAUCUCUUGUUUUUAAAAUUUUGGUCUUUUCGUUGGAUUUUCCCUUCUUUUUUUCUCUCCCCUCUCCUUUUUUUUUUCUUUCUGGUGAUCGCUCACUUUUGAGCGAAGGGUUACAUUUUUUAAAAUUUUGCUUUCCAGCCCGCCUUGAUCUUGUAGCUUGAGUUCAUCGUCUCAAAAAAAAAAAAAAAUCUCUGGCUGGCGUUUUUCUUUCCCUUUUUUUUUUUUUUUAAAUAUUUUCAAGGGGGAGGAGAUUUUCCACAAGAAAAGGUUGUUUUCAUGUUUGGGAUUCAGGAAAGCAUCCAACGGAGUGGAAGCAGCAUGAAGGAAGAGCCGCUGGGCAGCGGCAUGAACGCGGUGCGGACGUGGAUGCAGGGCGCCGGGGUGCUGGACGCCAACACGGCGGCGCAGAGCGGGGUGGGUCUGGCCCGGGCUCACUUUGAGAAGCAGCCGCCUUCCAAUCUGCGGAAAUCCAACUUCUUCCACUUCGUCCUGGCCCUCUACGACAGGCAGGGCCAGCCUGUGGAGAUCGAGAGGACGGCCUUUGUGGGGUUCGUCGAGAAGGAAAAGGAAGCCAACAGCGAAAAGACGAAUAAUGGAAUUCACUACCGGCUCCAGCUCCUGUACAGCAACGGGAUAAGGACCGAGCAGGAUUUCUACGUGCGCCUCAUUGACUCCAUGACAAAACAAGCCAUAGUGUAUGAAGGCCAAGAUAAGAACCCAGAAAUGUGCCGAGUAUUGCUCACACACGAGAUCAUGUGCAGCCGCUGUUGUGACAAGAAAAGCUGUGGCAACCGAAAUGAGACUCCCUCAGAUCCAGUGAUAAUUGACAGGUUCUUCUUGAAGUUUUUCCUCAAAUGUAACCAAAAUUGCCUAAAGAAUGCAGGAAACCCACGUGACAUGCGGAGAUUCCAGGUCGUGGUGUCUACAACAGUCAACGUGGAUGGCCAUGUCCUGGCAGUCUCCGAUAACAUGUUUGUCCAUAAUAACUCCAAGCAUGGGCGGAGGGCUCGGAGGCUUGACCCCUCGGAAGGUACGCCCUCUUAUCUGGAACAUGCAGCUACUCCCUGUAUCAAAGCCAUCAGCCCGAGUGAAGGAUGGACGACAGGAGGCGCGACUGUGAUCAUCAUAGGGGACAAUUUCUUUGAUGGGUUACAGGUCAUAUUCGGUACCAUGCUGGUCUGGAGUGAGCUGAUUACUCCUCACGCCAUCCGUGUGCAGACCCCUCCUCGGCACAUCCCUGGUGUUGUAGAAGUCACACUGUCCUACAAAUCCAAACAGUUCUGCAAAGGGACGCCAGGAAGAUUUAUUUACACAGCGCUCAACGAACCCACCAUCGAUUAUGGUUUCCAGAGGUUACAGAAGGUCAUUCCCCGGCACCCUGGCGACCCUGAGCGUUUGCCAAAGGAAGUAAUACUCAAAAGGGCGGCGGACCUGGUGGAGGCGCUGUACGGCAUGCCGCAUAACAACCAGGAAAUUAUUCUGAAGAGAGCAGCUGACAUUGCAGAGGCCCUGUAUAGUGUCCCCCGCAACCACAGCCAGCUCCCGGCCCUCACGAACACCUCGGUCCACGCAGGAAUGAUGGGAGUGAAUUCCUUCAGUGGACAACUGGCUGUGAAUGUCUCCGAGGCGUCUCAGGCCACCAAUCAGGGUUUCACCCGCAACUCAAGCAGCGUAUCACCGCACGGGUACGUGCCGAGCACUACCCCGCAGCAGACCAACUAUAACUCCGUCACCACAAGCAUGAACGGAUACGGCACUGCCGCCAUGUCCAAUCUGGGCGGCUCCCCAACCUUCCUCAACGGCUCAGCUGCCAACUCGCCCUAUGCCAUCGUGCCAUCCAGCCCCACCAUGGCCUCCUCCACGAGCCUCCCCUCCAACUGCAGCAGUUCUUCGGGCAUCUUCUCCUUCUCACCAGCCAACAUGGUCUCGGCCGUGAAACAGAAGAGUGCUUUCGCGCCAGUCGUCAGACCCCAGACCUCCCCGCCUCCCACCUGCACCAGCACCAACGGGAACAGCCUGCAAGACCAGUCUUUUGUGGACUCUAGCAAGUUCUCCACUGCAGGGUCCCUCCCAGGACUGGCCUUCUCCUGAAAGCGUGUCUAACCCAAGUCUGCACAGAUGCCAGAAGUACAGAGACUGCGCGCCCUCUGCUGAUUAGCAGCCAAGGCUCCGCCCCCCGUCACAUUUCACAUGUGCAGCUGGCGCAGCAUAGAGGGUUUGAAGUGAAGCUGGGGAAACACUGCAUUGGAUUUGCUGUUGUGGAUGACCCUGCCCUCUCCUCUGCUUGAGCAUGUGUCCAGAGAUUCUUUCUGGUGGCUUCUGUUUUUCCAAUACUGUCAUGUACCAAAUGUCCCUACUUUUGAGGGAUGUCGGCGGAGGAGGUGUGCGCAGAGAAAUUAAAGGCAAAUAAACUGACACCACCUUCCUGUAGGCUGUCCUUCUUCCUACCCUCUCUGCUCCCAACCACCACACUCUCCAGGCAGGGCCCACGGGCCCAGAAUUGCACCCUGGCUCUGGCGCACAGCCCUGCAGCCUCCUGGGUGCUGCGCCGCUGUUUGCAGGGAGCACCUGUGUGGGCCGGUGGACUCUCCCCUGAGAGAAGUGACGUUCUGACAGUGGCCUUCUAGACCUAUAGCUGAAGAAUUGCUCCAUCUUUAGCCUUCUCAAUGCACUUCAAACUGAAGUGUUUUAUUCCUCUUUCUCCCUUUCAUUGUUACAGUAACACCUCCUUCCUCUGGACCUGCCUAGUUCAGAAUUGUGAUUAAGAAAGGGCAAGUGACAGAGGAAGAGUUGGUCAAGCAAACUGACCCUAUCAGCAAGAUCAGAGGUGACACGUUUAGGCCAUUUAAAUGUUUUAAAGGCCUAUUUACCUCCAGCAACCACUCUGCUAAUUGUAUAUCAUUCUAUUUUGUUAAGCCAACUCCUUAAGAAAGUCAUUUCCCCGGGAACCCUUUCUUAGCCAUCUCUAGUGCCUGAGAACUAGGCACUGCAAUCUCACAUGACAGUCACAUCCGCUAACAUGGGAGGGCUUGUUCCCAGCCUGGCUUCUGCAUUAUCUCAUGUUCUCCUCCCAACCACCUUUGGAUGUAGGCUAUUUACUGUCCCUAUUUUAUAAAUGCAAAAACUGAGACUUAGAACCAAGAUGGCUUAUUCAUAGUUACACAGCUAGCAAACAGGCAGAUUCUGGGUUAAAACCCAGAAAGCCCCCCAUGCUCUACGGCCACACUAUAACCAAGCAACUGGAUUAGGCCCAUGUGGACUGCAAAAACCUUAAAAACUUUCCCUGUGUUAGGGAAACAGGAUCCGACAGUAAGAAAGGCAGAGCUGCCUGGCAGAGGCUGGACAGUCAGCAGUUGACAUUCAGAGGAGGAAAAGAUAAGGGAGAAUUCAGAAAAGCCCCAUGGAGAAGGUUGCCUUUGAACUGGGCCUUGAAUGAAGGGGGCAAGUAGGAUUCGGGCAUAAGGAGAUGGGGGAGAGAAACAUUGUAAGGACAACGUGCACCAAAGAGUACUGAGCAGUAAUCAGGCCGACGCCCGGCAUCCCCGAGCACAGGUGCCCAGGAGCAAGGACAGGGUGGGACAAGGAAUUCCUCACCUGGAAGUCAUAAGCGCCACUCCUUACAUACACUGUGUAAUUCCCAGUCUCUAUUGCCACUGCAACUGGCUUUCUCUCCCAGGGAGAUAAAACCCUGGAUAAUAUGCCACAUGUCUGAGAAAUUGUUCUUAGGACAAAGCAACCCUUAUUUCAGCACUUUUGGAGACUCACGAGAUGUUCUGUUUAAAAAAGUUAAAGUGUGGUGGUCAAAUUGUGUUUCCUGAAUCCCUGUCUUGGAGAUCCACAACGUACCUAAGCUUACUGAAGGAAGACUGAGAUUUCCUGCAGUUAAACAAAAUGACUAGUCCAUUUAGUUCUCUAAACUUACUUGCCCCCAGAACCCUUUUCCAAAUUUUAAGACCAAUUAACAUCCCAUGAAAAGCUUUGGAACAUGCAGCUGUAU